GUAACAUGGCAAACCAAGAAUUGGAAAAAAUCUUGUUAUAUUAUCGGCUAACGUAUCACCCAUAACAAUCGCACCCAUCACUCCGCCAUUUCACCUAGGUGAAGGCCCUUAUUGGUGUUUUGAGACUCAACAACUUUAUUUUGUAGAUAUUGUUCCAGGAAAAAUACACAAAUUUGAUAUUACAUCCGGCCGAAUAUGGUCUUAUGCUGUUUGUAAUGGUUCUGCAUCAUAUAUUGUUGGAGUAGAAAAUACAACUAACUACUUUAUAGUAGGUUGCGGUCGAAAUAUGACUUUGGUCGAAUUUGAUUUUACCUCUGCAACCUCAAAAAAAAACAUUCAAACAUUGACAACCGUAGAUACUAAUCGUUUAGAUACUCGAUUUAAUGAUGGCAAAGUAGAUACUGCUGGAAGAUUUUGGGGAGGAACAAUGGGCCCAGAAAUAGAUAAUAAAGUAAUCAUAAACCGAGGUUCACUUUAUAAAAUCGAUAACAGGUUACUAACUACUAAGAUAAUAUCACCUGUCUCAAUAAGCAAUGGUAUAGCCUGGAACAUUGAUGAUAGCAAAUUUUAUUACAUAGAUUCUCCAACAAGAAAAAUCAUAUCAUAUAAUUAUUAUUCACUAGACGGAAAUAUAACAUCUCCAAGUGUUGUAUUCGAUUUUGAUGAAUUCAAUUUGACUGGUGUUCCUGAUGGAAUGACAAUUGACACUGAUGAUAAUCUUUGGGUUGCCAAUCAUGGCGGAGGGUGUGUUUUAAAUAUAGAUCCCAGAGAGAGAAGAAUUUUAAAAAUAGUCCAAAUUCCAGCGAGUCGCGUGACGAGUCUAACUUUUGGAGGCCGUUUGUUAGAUACAUUAUUUGUAACUACUGCAAGCCUGAAUACAAAGCAAGGAAACAGUAUGGAACCUUAUGCAGGUCGUGUUUUUUCUGUGAAAGGUUUAGGUGUGCGUGGAUUGGUUCCCAAUAAAUUUAAAUUAAACAUUUUAAAUUUCAAAAAAGAUAACAACUAAUCAAAUAAUACAUUUUUUUAUCAAUAUCUAAUCCUUACAAUAGAAUUGUAGGUAUAAAAUAAAACGUAAUCUUGUUAAUAAAUGAAAUUUAAAUCAUAAUAAAAGAAAUUUAGUUUAUAAAAAAUUAGGAUUACAAUAAAAAUACCAGCAACAGUUAUCAUGCUUGGUGGCGCCAGCUCAUUGUACUUAAAUAUUUCUACUAUACUAUGUAGAUAUAUUUUAAUGUAUGUAUAACCUCUAUUAAUAUAAGUUUGCCAGUUCAUUAAUAGCAUUAAUUUAUAAUGCUACUGUUUCAAAAAGUUGAAAUUUUAAAAAGUUUUUUCUUUGGUAAACGAAUAAUCUAAGAUAUUGGUUUACUCAAUAAAAGCUUAUUUCUUACGUUAAAAACAACCUUAUCUUUAAUUAAUUAUUGCUUAAAAUGAGUUAAUGUGUGCGUUUUGAAUGCGAAUAUAAUCUCUUUCGUUUAUGUUUAUUUUUAUUUUAUACCUCGGCUAAGUUCUUUUUGCAGCUUAUGAAACCGAUUAGUUUAAAAGGUAUUAAGAAACAAAUUCUUUGUGUCUCACCCUGUACACCCUGUAUAUCUGAAAAUUACUAUUUUUGUUAAACCUUAUAACUCGCUAACUAAAGUUUAAAUUGUUUUUAAAAAUUUCAUGAUUUUAUGAGGUUAUGAGGACCCCAUGGUAUUUGAAAUAUUUAGGUUUAAAUUUUUUCUUGAAAAAAUUAUAUGAUUUAAUAUUGUAACAAGUGCUCCAUCCGUAAAAUAAUAAAGAUUGAGAGUAUUUUAAAAAUCAUAAA